GCGAGGACUUCCUGCUUCGUGGACACGUGGUUCCGUGUCUUUCUGCCUGUCAGUGUAGGUGAAGCUCUCCAACCCUUCUCUCCCUUGCCCCUUAUCUUCCUCCUUCCUAUUGCGUCUCAUCUUCCUCCUUCUCUCGUCAACUUUGUUCGUGUCGACACCAGCCGACCGCCAGGCCUCGCUCACUAGUUCAAGAGACGAGUGAAGUGUGCGUGUGUGAUAGUGUAUGUGUGCGUGCCAACUACCCGCCCGUGUUAUCCUCCCCAACAUCCCGCCUCGUUUUGUCAGUCAUGACGCUGGAAGCGAUCCGCUAUCGUGCCGGGUCUCUGCAGAUCCUCAACCAGCUGCUGCUGCCUCACCAGACCGUCUACGAUGACAUCCGCUCGGUGCAGGACGCCUACGAGGCCAUCAAGUCCAUGAAGGUACGGGGUGCCCCAGCCAUCGCCAUCGUAGGUUGCCUCAGCUUGGCUGUGGAGUUGCGAGCUGGCGCGGGUGGUGAUGACCCCGUGACGUUCAUCCGUGAAUCUUUGUGUCACCUGACAUCAGCAAGGCCCACCGCUGUCAAUAUGGGUCGUGCCGCCCGUGAAUUAAUGGAGUUUGCCGAGAACGAGAGCAUGGAAAAGAACUCCGAGCAGCUGAGAGAAAGUGUUAUUGCCUGGAUUGAAGCCAUGCUGGAGCGAGAUGUCAAUGACAACAAGAAGAUUGGAAACUUUGGCGCCCAGCACAUCCUUUCGGGCGUCCCUAGGGAAUCCGUGACCAUCCUCACACACUGCAACACUGGCUCGCUCGCCACGGCUGGAUACGGGACUGCACUAGGUGUGGUGCGAAGCCUCCACACACUGGGCAGGCUGAAACGAGUCUACUGCACAGAGACGAGGCCGUACAACCAGGGGUCUCGACUCACGGCGUACGAAGCUGUAGCAGAUGGAAUCCCCGCUACGCUAAUCACAGACAGCAUGGCGGCCCUCACUAUGAGAGAAAUGAACAUCACAGCUGUGGUGGUAGGUGCAGACAGAGUGGUUGCCAAUGGCGACACAGCCAACAAAGUGGGAACAUACCAGCUCGCCAUUGCUGCUAAGCAUCAUGGGAUUCCUUUCUAUGUGGCCGCUCCCAGCACUUCAUGUGACUUAAGCCUGGAAAGUGGCAGGGACAUCAUAAUCGAAGUUCGCCCGCCUGAGGAACUCACAAGUAUAAACGGAGUCCCAAUUGCUGCUUCAGGUAUUGAGGUGUGGAACCCGGCGUUUGACGUGACUCCCCACCAGCUCAUCACUGGAGGCAUCAUCACAGAGCUGGGGGUCUUCCUCCCCUCAGAGCUUCAAGCAGCCCUCACUGGCCGCCUCACUGCCCUCUAGAGCCCCACCUUUUGGCACUUUGGCGCCACUGCACCUUACUUUCAGACACUAAUUUUGUCGUAAAACGCACGCACACACACACGCACACGCACACACACACACGGACAUGAUGCGAUUCAAUAUUGGUUUGAAAAAAAAAUGUGGUCACAUGUCAGCAGAAAAAAAAACUUCUAUUCUUUGUCUAUCUUUCAUACACGCAAUCACUUGCAAGGUGAAUGAAACACGUUGCAGGACAGGGCACCCCUACCUCCAUAUGUUUUCAUAUUUUUCCCAUAAUUACUCCUAUCACAGUUUUCAUGCUGCUCCUAAUUUUUUUGUCCGCUUCUUUCUCUAUUCAAAAGAACUUCGUGAAUGCUAAUUUGACUCUAAUCUUUCAGCGGUGUAUGGCAACAAAUAACUGGGCAAUUUUCAGGGCAACUACAAACAAUAAUAAUGACUAGACUGAUUUUAACAUUAAAGUUAAUAUUCUGAUCAACUAUGGUAUCUGAAAGUGCUGCAGUCUACUUGUAAAUACAAAUGUGUUCUUGUUGGUAGCGUGUACAUAAUGUAGAAAUCAAACCCACUGCUACGGCUGAUUUCUCAAGUUAAAAUGACGCACGAGUCGGUGGCAUCAAAAUGUUAUAUUAACAUUUCAUUUUUGUCUUUCUGUAGAUACUUUAGUAGGAGUGUCAUCCAAAUUUGUAGCGGUAAUAUCAAACAAUCAUUAAAAUAUUCAGCCCAUGUGGCAACAUUUUAUAAAAGUGCAUAUCUCGAUGGGCCCCAAAGAUGACACAUAGCUAUAUUUAUACGGUACUUAAUUUUCAAUACACGCUUGAUUAUUACAGUACAUAAUGUAGCCACGCUUCUUUCAGAACCAUUGUCACCAUGUUCAUCGCACAUGAAAUAAAAAAUUUCCAAAGGGGAAAAAAACAUCACCAAAACAGCUUUUGCUGUAUAUACACAGUGAGGAGUAGACUAUCACAAAAUAAAAGUUUGACAUUCAAGUGUUAA